AUGUCGAGGAAGCAACCGAAAGGAGAAUGGAUCGAGACGGACACCGGUAACAAGGUCAACCGCAAGGCCAACCUGAUUGGGACACAGCAUAUCAUGCUAGGCGGCAAGACGGUCAUCAUGCCCGACGCCAUGAUACGCGGCGACCUUGCCAGGACGGCGACAUCAGCGGCUGGCGGUCCCCCCGGUAGCAACACUGCCGUGUUCAUUGGCCGCUACUGCUUUCUCAGCAAGGGUUGCUGUCUGCGACCGCCCGGACGCAUCUACAAGGGCGCAUUCACCUACAUGCCUCUGCGUCUCGGCGACCACGUCUUCAUCGGCGAAGGUUCGAUCGUGCAGGCAGCCACCGUCGGCAGCCACGUGCACAUCGCCAAAGAUGUCGUGGUGGGGGAAUUCGCUAUCAUCAAGGAUUACGUGAGGAUCAUGGAAGGCACCAUAAUCCCGGCGAACAUGGUGAUCCCAAGCUUCAGCAUCGUUGCGGGUCAGCCUGCCAGGAUCAUCGGCGAGGUGCCUGAGGGUGGCCACGAGGCAUUUGAGUUGAGAGAGCGUUACAAAUCCGUAAAGACCAACCCACUUGCAGCUGGGUCUUGA